CAAUGUUGAGUAGAGUAAUAACUACAGUGGAUUGACAUGAAUUUUGGGCAGAGUAUUGCAUUGUUCAAAGUUGGAUACAAGUGAUGGAUAAGAGUUGGAUGCAAAAGUCAAGGGUGAGCUUGGAAUAUGUUAAGGGCAUGAAGGAAUUCAUUGAGUUUGCAUUCAACAAUGCUGCUAGCGAGGGGAAGAUCUUAUGUCCAUGUGUAAAGUGCGCCAACCUCUUUUGGCGUGCUCAUAAAGAAGUGGUAGAUCAUCUUGUGUGUGAGGGAAUUAUGCCGAAUUACACCCGUUGGGUGUUCCAUGGGGAGGCAUCUUCUUCAUCGACUUCCGGCCCUGCAACUAGUACACAUGAUGAUAUUCCUCCACGUGAUGACAUGCAUGGAUUGUUGCAUGAUGUGUUUGGAAUAUCAGGUGUGGAUGACAUGCCAACUGAGUUGCCAUCACAGGAGCCAAUACAAGAGGAACCGAAUCCUGAAGCUGAAAGAUUCUUCAGGUUGUUGCAAGACGCCGAACAAGCCUUGUACCCGGGAUGUAAGAAGUUCAUGAAACUCUCUUUUGUUGUUCGAAUGUAUCAACUUAAGUGCUUAAAUGGAUGGAGCAACAAGUCAUUUACCAUGUUGCUUGAAUUGUUGAAAGAAGCACUCCCCGAGGGUGAGACGUUGCCGAGUUCCUUUUAUGAGACCAAGAAGAUUAUUAAAGAACUGGGCCUCAGUUAUAACAAGAUCGAUGCAUGCCCCAAUGAUUGCUAGUUGUAUUGGAAGACUAAUGUGAACGAUG